AUGGCCGCUCUCACAAUAAUCAUGGAAAGACGAAGCAACACAAUUUAUGGGCAAUGUAGAUUUUGUUUAAUGAAGGGCUAUCAUAGGGAUAUCAUGAAAGAAUAUUUUACUAAUGGUACUCGCGAAGUGUACAUCGAUAUAUUCAUGGAAUGUUUUAAUAUAUAUUUAUCUACAAACAAACAAUUAAGCCCUCUCAUAUGUAGCACCUGUAUUCAGAGCUUAAGAGAUGCAAAUAGAUUUCGUAUGAUGGUGGUUAACGCAGAGCAACGGUUACUUUCUAAUAUGUUGGAUAAGGAAACAGUGUUUAUUAAUGUGGGUGAUAUAGAAACUGAUAUGAACAUCAAGCCAGAAAACCAAAUGGAAGUGAAGAUGGAGCCAGAUGAUAGUAUGGAUUGCGACUUGGAGUUUACGUCUUUUGAUGAUGAUAAUGAAUUGAAAGAUGAUGAUAAAAUUGAGAAAAUCGAUGGCGAAGCGGAACUGCUGGCGCGGUUUCCGGUGACGUAUAAAUUGCCAACGCGCAAAACUUUGUACACGACACCUUGUAAGGGAUUCGCUAUACAGUUGGAUUUACUCAAAGGCAAACGCGUUCUACCAAAAAUGGUAGCGAAACUUUUGGAAGAGGAUAAUGAAGAUUCAUCUAGAAAAAAAGUAUAUGUAACAGAAAAAAUGGCUCAAAUCCAAAACACCACAAUGAUAAUAGAAUAUUCUAACAUAACAGUUUUCAAAAGUAAGAAUAGAGUGGGAUUUCCAUGCUUUUACUGCAGAAGUUCAUAUGAAAAUUUCGACUUGUUAAGAGAGCAUCAAACAACAGGCCAUAAAAAGUCGGAAACGAGAAAAAUUGUUGCCAGAUAUGGGACGGAGUGCCUUGUAGUGUAUGCAGAUAUAACAGAUCUAAAAUGUCUCAUUUGCAAUGAGAAUAUACCAAAUUUGAAUGAAUUGAAAGCACAUCUUAUUAAAAUACACAAGAAAAAGAUUCAUCCAGAAUACACGGAUCGAGUCAUACCGUUUAAAUUGUCUAAUAAUAAACAUCCCUAUGAAUGUUUAUCCUGCGGCUGUAAUUUUGAGACGUUUGGAUCAAUAGAAAGACAUAUGAACGUUCAUUACAGGAACUAUGUGUGCAAUCAGUGCGGUACUGGCUUCGUCACAAAAUACAGAUUGAAAGUUCACAUAAAAAGCAUGCAUGUUGGCGGAAGUUUUCCCUGUGAAGUGUGUAAAAAAGUGUUUACGACUCACCAAAAACAUAAAAAUCACGUGGACACAGUGCAUAAGAUGUUAAAACGUUUCAAAUGUCCAAAAUGUCCCGAACGAUUCUCAGAAUAUUUCAGGAGGCAGAAGCAUUUGGUAGAGACCCAUGGGUCUGCGCCUUUGAGAUAUAAGUGCAAUGUGUGCGACAAAGCCUUUGACAGACGCUAUACAUUAUCAAGACAUAUGAAGAGAGACCAUCUGGAAGAAAGAGAUUUUCAAUGUCAAUUAUGUGCUUAUAAGUGCUUUACGAACAACGAAUUGAGAGUUCAUAUGAUAAAACAUAACGGAGAGAGGAUACAUGAGUGUUCUGUAUGUAAAAAAUCCUAUGCAAGAAAGAAAACUUUAAGAGAACACAUGCGAAUACAUAAUAAUGAUAGACGGUUCUCUUGUGCAGUCUGUGGGCAAGCCUUCGUACAGAAGUGUAGUUUGAAAGGACAUGUAAAGACUCAUCAUUUGGAAUUGGAGUAUCAUCUGCCA